UUAAAAUUUUGUUCAGAAAUCAGUCAAAAAAUCUACUCUAUUUCACGUGCGUUAAUGGAAACAUGAAAAUUCAAGUCUUUUUAACAUUCUCUGUUAUAAUUAUUAAAAUUUUAAGAGAUUUACUCAGAAAGGAGACAAUUUGUCAUUGAAUUUUCAGUUUAGGAAGAGGAGAGACAAACAUAUCAGGAUCUCCUGUUUAAAAUGAGAAAACUUUACCCAGACUAUCGUGUCAGACUUGUUCUCAUUGUUGUUCUUGGAGAAAUGGAACAGUCUUUUGUACCUGCAUUAACUGAAAUAUCAACUUGUUAAUCGCAAAAUUUUUAGCAUCGCGGAUACGAAGGCUGUCAUUCUCGAAUCUUGGCCUGAGCAUUUUAACAAAUGAAUAAUUUUAAAAAAUGGAAAUUUAUAAUAAUAUAAUAAAUAAUAUAUCAAUAAUAAAUAUUAAAGAUAUAAAAUUCUCAUGAAUAUUAAUGACGUAGUUAGUAAGAAGAUAAAAUUUUCUAUCCUGGUGUCGUUUAUUAAGUGAGAUGCUACGGUUAGAUGGUAAGACGGUUAAAAUGAACAUGCUGAAUUUAUCGAGUCUUCAUUACUGUCGUUAAACCAUUCUAGUAUCAUGUAUAUGUAUAUAUGUAUAUACUUAGUUAAAGUUAACACUUGAGUAUAAUUAUUAAAAGCUCAAGUGCUUUUCCCUAAAUCAUCAUCUCUUAGAGCUCAUGAUGCCAAGUAACGCCCAGUAUCCAGCAUCAUUGGUCCAUGGAGUGGUACGUCAGCACGUGGGAUUUUUCGUUAACGCCUAUCACUACCACUACCACUCGUUCUUAUUCUCUGUUAACUACAAAUGUUAAAAUAAAAAAAUAAAAUAAAAUAAUUUGGGUAAAAAUCAAAUCUUGAACACAAUGAUCUUAAUCUUUACACGCAGUGUUUAGCUACAACUAAUCCGGAUGACAAGGAAUUAUUUUUUGUGAACUUCAAUACUAUUGAUACCAGUAUCAAUAAUUAGUAAUUACGGUUUAGAAAAAUUUAUUUUUCAUAUUUGCGGCAAAGUUGCUUGUGAUAUUUUUUUUUAAAGUUUUAUGUUAAGUGUCUUAUUUUUUUUUUUAUAAUUAUGGAAGAAAAUAUGUCGAGUGUUACUGAAAGUACUAAUUUAAGUAGUAAUAAAUCAUCGGCUUUUAGUAUCGAAAGGAUUUUAAGUAAAGAUCCGCCUACUAGUCAAGUUAAUGAACAGAAAAAUUCAUACUCAUUUGAAUCAUAUGAUCAAGAAACAAGAUUAACAGCACCAGAUUCAUCGAUGUCUUCACCAGAUGAGCUGGAAAUUUUCGAAGACCCAGAUAUCGGAUCGACUUCCUCUGAACCAGGAAUAAGUUACGAAGCUUGUACUAGUAGCAGUAGCAAUUCGGCAAUGGAUGUCAGUGAUAAGGACAAUGAAAGGAGCGGAAGUGUGACCAGUGAUGAUGACAAGAAAAAAAGACCGCGGACCGCAUUCACUGCCGCGCAAAUAAAGUCACUGGAGACUGAGUUUGAGAGAAGUAAAUAUCUCAGCAUUGCCAAGAGGUUGCAGCUGAGUAAAAGUUUAAAAUUAACUGAAACCCAGAUUAAAAUUUGGUUCCAAAAUCGACGGACUAAGUGGAAACGUAAAUAUACUAACGACGUAGAACUGUUUGCGCAACAGUAUUACUCUAGUUUAGGGAUACCAGCGCCAAGGCCUAUAUUUGUUGGAGAUCGAUUGUGGUUUUUUAAUUACCCUGGGCAACCACAGGCAGCAACACCACCACUGCUACCAUCACACGUGAAUCCUCUGGCGCUGCCGCCGUCACUACCGAUUGUCCAGCCACUGCCGACAAAUCUUCCAGUAGGACAACAGAAUAUUUACCAAAAUGUCCCGACGCACUCGAUCAAUUACCUGACGCAGUUGGACUAUCGGAGGCAGAACACGUGA